UCAACCAGCACUUGCUAGUUGUCGUCGCCGGUUGGUGAUCUCAAAGUCGGCUCUGUAGGAGCGGCACUGCGGAGUUCUCUUAAAACAAAAUCGGGUACUUUGGCACAACUAAUUUAAAUUGGUUAGCUCUAUCUAGUAAGCGUGGAUUUAAAACGUGUAAAGUGUCCCGUUUAGGUAGCUAAAUUAAAAUCUAACGUGAUGGCCGACAUCGACAAGCUCAACAUAGACAGUAUCAUUCAGCGGCUCCUGGAAGUGCGAGGCUCCAAGCCGGGGAAGAAUGUUCAGCUCCAGGAGAAUGAGAUCCGUGGGCUGUGUCUCAAAUCCCGCGAGAUCUUCCUGAGCCAGCCCAUCCUGCUGGAGCUGGAGGCUCCACUCAAAAUCUGCGGAGACAUCCACGGCCAGUACUACGACCUGCUGCGGCUCUUUGAGUACGGCGGCUACCCGCCCGAGAGCAACUACCUGUUCCUGGGCGACUACGUGGACCGAGGGAAGCAGUCGCUGGAGACCAUCUGCCUGCUGCUGGCCUACAAGAUCAAGUACCCCGAGAACUUCUUCCUGCUGCGCGGCAACCACGAGUGCGCCUCCAUCAACCGCAUCUACGGCUUCUACGACGAGUGCAAACGACGCUACAAUAUCAAGCUCUGGAAGACCUUCACCGACUGCUUCAACUGUCUCCCCAUCGCCGCCAUUGUUGAUGAGAAGAUCUUUUGCUGCCAUGGAGGCCUGUCCCCCGACCUGCAGUCCAUGGAGCAGAUCCGGCGCAUCAUGCGGCCCACGGACGUGCCGGACCAGGGCCUGCUGUGCGACCUGCUGUGGUCCGACCCGGACAAGGACGUGCUGGGCUGGGGCGAGAACGACCGCGGCGUCUCCUUCACCUUCGGAGCCGAGGUGGUGGCCAAGUUCCUGCACAAGCACGACCUGGACCUCAUCUGUCGAGCGCAUCAGGUGGUGGAGGACGGUUACGAGUUCUUUGCCAAGAGGCAGCUGGUGACCCUCUUCUCUGCACCCAACUACUGCGGGGAGUUCGACAACGCCGGAGCCAUGAUGAGUGUGGAUGAGACGCUCAUGUGCUCUUUCCAGAUCUUGAAGCCAGCGGAGAAGAAGAAGCCCAACUCCAGCCGUCCAGUGACCCCGCCCAGGAACAUGGUGACCAAGCAGGCGAAGAAAUGAGGGGCCCACCGCCCCCGCGGGCAUCGGGGGUCACGACCCGAACGUGUCGGCCGUGCUGGACUCUUCUCAUGUGGUCUUCAUCUGUCUGCUUGGAGCUCCACCUUUUUCCUCUUGGUUCUUUUUUUAGUGGUCGCUUGAACUCACUCGAACUGUCGACUGCCUUUUUUCCCCCGUUUUUUUUGUUUUGUUUUUGUUUCCCCCUCUUUUUUUGUUCCGUCCCUUUUUUUUUUUUUUUUUACAUUUUUGCAGCGACCCACGAAAAAGACCACACUGCUCCACAGAAUGGGACGGGGAGGUUAUGGGAUGUGGGGUGGGUGGGGGCACAUUGUAUAGUUUCCUUGUUUGUUUGUUUGUUUGUUUGUUUGUCUGUUUUUAAUGUAAUCGGCUCAUUUUUCAUUUUGGUAAAUCUCCAGAGACUUAAAAUGGCUUUUUCUAACCUUGAAUACUUCAGGAUCGAGCAUUUCAGUCUCCAACACCAUUUCACACACACACGCAUACAACACAGUUACACACACACAUACACGUACACAUGCGCACGCUUGCUCGCAUCAGGAUGGCAGGAAUCACGCUUUGAAGCGCUCUGCUCUGUGGCUGGGAAGACCUCUCACACACACACACUGCAGGACCUUUGCACACUCCAGAGCUCCAGCCGAACAGACGACAGGAAGAAGAAACCGAAAACUUAAAAGAAAACGAAAAAGGAAACAAACAAAAAAAAAACAGAAAAAUGACCCGUACUUCUAUUGCUCCCAAAUGUAGUCGUUCAAACCACUGUGAUCAAAACCAUACUCAGUGUAUUCACUUUAGAAAUGAAGCAAAGCAGAAUAGCUGUUCUGAAACUCAAGAGGCUGUCCUUUUUUUCGAGUUCAUUUUUCCCUCAUGCAGAUUUUUAGGCUUUUCAUCUUUUGUGUUUGCCUGGUGUUUGUGCCAUGAGAUCUGGGCCACCAUUUGCUCUCGUCAACAUAUAUAUUUUUUAAACGUCGUUGGCUUGUUUUAUAUUUGUAUUUUAUUUUUCUUAAUUUUUUGGAAGCCAUCAUUGGCAGUACGGUUGUUUGUGUGUUUGUUUGUUUGUUUGUGUUUUUUAGGAAUAUGUUUCCGUUCUCCCUCUUCACCAUGAGUUUUGGUUGUAGCACUCUUCGUAUGGAUGUACGCUCCCUCUUAUAAUUUUUUUGUUUUAUUAUUAUUUUUUGUAUAAUCCAUCAAAGGAAGUUGGUGGGUUUGUUUUGAAGCACAGCUGAGACACUUCAGGUUGGCAACAUACCUGCUCUGUCCAGUGCUGUCAUUGCAGAUCAUUAAGUACUGUUUUCAUUUCCGUCUGAUGACGCGAUGCCUUGUUUCUUCUGCUACUACUCCUCAUCUUUCUGCUUUGAGACUCACUGGCGAGGCAUGUCAUGCCUCCAGAAGUGUUUUUGUUUUUUUUGCAUCCUGUUUGGGCAUGCAGAUGGAGGAGGACGAAGGCGACAACGAUAUCUCCAUGAGGACUUUUAUGUUGCAUGCAUCUAGUCUUUAGAAAUGUUAGGACUUUUAGGCACACUGCCUUUUCUCUCGAUUUCUGUCAAUCUCUCUCUCUCUCUCUCUCUCUCUCUUUUUCUCUCUCCCUCUCUUCUGGCAUGCUUGUUCCAGCAUGUCCACCAUGAUGUAGCUGUCCAUCAGGUAUUUAACUUUUUAAAAUCCAAACUCAAGAUUUCUUUGUCAUUUUUUUUCCCUCUCUCUCUCUUCUUCUCUCCUGUUCAUCUCAUGUCUCACCCUAAACCCUGCUGUACAACUCAGAAAAACAAGUUUUGUUCAGGUCUUGGCAAUAAAACUCAGAUUUCCACAUAA